AUGGUUGGAAAGUUUGGCCUUAGCCUUAGCAAUAAGGGUUCCCCAUCCCGCCAGGUCCGCGCCGACACAUCCACCCCUCCCCCGCCAUACCGGCAGAAUGGUUAUGAGGAUGGUCAUGAGAACCCCAUUCUCGCGACAGCAACGACGACUACGACGACCCACGUCGUCACGACCACUACUCACACCACCACUCAUUUCUUUUCUCUGCCUCUAUGGCGGCGGCGCGGGACUGCUGCCUUUCCUACCGCAACUGCAACUCCAGUUCCGUCGCGUUUGUCUUCCGAUGAGUUUGGUGUCACCAGGCCGCCCACCAAGCUAGGUCCCCCGGUUAGAGAUAAAGAUCUUCCCCCGACCCCAUCUCCCGCCGAGGACAAUAUGGGUCAAUCUUCCCAUGUUGUUACUGGUUCGUUUCGGGAACGGUAUCAUGCUGGGAUCUCGGCGCCAGUGGACGCUGACAUACGCGGUGUGUCUCCUUCGUCUACUUUCGCACCACUCCUUCCGGGGUCAUCUACCACAGGGGAAUCCUCGUCUCAGCCUGCUGUCGCGCUCGCCCGCGCUGCACUGGGCAUUGGGUUACCUCAUGUCAUGCCUGCCUCGAUUUCUGCCUCAUCGUCAGCUACAGACCUGCACGCGCACUCACUGAAGCCUCCUCCCAUACCAACGGAAACAUCCCUUCCGAAGCCUAGUAUGCGGCGAGUCAAAAGCUUUCAGAAGGAGCCAGACGUUGCUGUCGAAGAGUCUAGCUCGCCUGUCGAUGUACGAGAACGCAGGCGGGCGAGAGGUCUAUCCCUUGGACCUUUCCAUUUUGCAUCUAAUGUCAAAGGAAAAGAGAAGCAGUUGGAUCCAGAGGCGUCCGAUGAAAACUCCCCCUCGGUACCCAGGCCUUUAUCCAGGAAGAGUUCAUUUUGGUCGAGAAGACGAGUCGAUUCUCAAGCAACUCCCCCAGUCCCUCCCUUGAAUGCCGAGCCUUCACUGCGGCCGUUUAUUCCAGCAUUACAGCCAGUAUCUCCUUUUUACGCUGACACGAUAAUUUCAAGCCCUCGUCCUAGACGCAAUUCUUCUUCGCAGACAGUAGAUUUGCGUCGACGACAUUCCGAACGAUCUCCUCCACCAUCAAGUCCGAAAUUCGAAUCUAUUGAAGAUAUGUGUCCCCCAAGGCUGUCGGUGCCUGGGCCCUCAUCCCCAACCUCGUCUCGAUUGCGCCGUCCUAAACGACCCAAAACAGCAGACGCUGCAUCGAGUCCCCAUAACUUAUACUUUCCUGUUGAUGUCCCACGAGUCAUCACGUCCUCUCCUCCUACCGAGCAGCCUCAGCUGCAGCCAGAUACCCCUGUUAUUCCGGAUCCACCGUCGCCAUUAUUUCAAAUAUCUCCGGCCACUCGCCCCCGCGCGCAAACUAAUCCACCCCUCCUUCAUCGCUUAUCGAUCAAUCUCUUUGGGUCCUCCCCGACAUCAAGUACCCCAUAUAUCGCGCCUAAUCCAUUAUACGACUCAGUAGUUGGCCCUGAUAUACUAGUGGCAUCCCCAUCUUCUAGUUACGAGUCAUCCCGUUUAUCGCUCACAAAGCGCUCGGUUGAGAUUCCGAGACCGCGUGCUGACGAGGAGCCUCCGGAAGUUUACCUUCAGAGGUUAACAGAGGCUGUAAGCAAGGCUGAGGUUGCAACUGUCCUUGCGUCUAACUCGGAUCCAUUCCAUGCUCGCGCUUUGCGGGCGUAUAUAGAUCGAUUUGAUUUCACUGGUGAUCCUUUGGACGUUGCCUUGCGGCGAUUGCUUAUGGAUGUCGGGUUACCGCGUGAAACGCAGCAAAUUGACCGUGUCAUGGAGGCAUUCGCUGCAAGAUAUAUGCAAUGUCACCCAGACCUAUUCAUCUCUGACGAUCAUCCUUACAUUCUGGCGUUCAGUCUUAUCAUGUUGCACACAGACGCAUUUAACAAGUCCAACAAACGGAAGAUGACCAAGCCGGACUACGUGAAGAAUACUCGCCUGCCUGGAGUGCCACCUGAAGUGUUGGACUGCUUUUACGAUAACAUCGUAUUUGUACCCUUCAUUUUCAUCGAAGAUCCUGUUGACAUCAAUGGCCAACGCGGUAUCGUUCCUGAAGCGAUUAACACGCGACGCAUGUCCACCAUCAAUGUGCCCACUACUCCGGGCGGAGCUUCUACGCUCCUCGGUAAGAGCAAUAAGAUUGAUCCGUAUUUCCUGAUUACUCGUAACCUGCUUGAUGACCUUCGUGUCAACGUGGUAUCGUUUGUGCCCUUGCAAAAUCCGUACGUCUACCAGGGUACUGCAGGGCCAUGGGACGAAGAAGAGCUCCUACGCGUAUUCACCAUGGCAGGUACCGUAGAUAUUGUGAUUGAGAAUCGUUAUACUGGCUCGCCAUGGUUUGCGCUUAGCGCAAAUGGCGGGUCAGGCCCAACGUUACCGAAUGCCCGAGGAGCAUUGCCACCGCUGCUGACUUCCUACAACGAGUCGUGCUCCAUCAAGGUAACCAAAGUUGGAGUGUUGUUGCGUAAAGAUGAUAGCGUGGAGGGUGGACGUCGUGGGACGAAUCGCAAAUGGCGAGAAUGGUGUGUUCUCCUGACAGGAUCGCAGUUAUUGUUCUUUCGCGAUCUGUCUUGCGCGACAUCAAUCCAAGCACAAAUCAACCCAUCAAAUGAGCAUUUGGUGCAGAAGCAGAACCUACCCCAACCGGAUGAGUAUGCCUCUGUCAAGGAUGCAAUUGCGGUGUUUGACAAGUCCUACACUAAGCAUCCUUACACCUUGCGCCUGGUCAUGCCCGAUGGCCGCCAUUAUCUCUUUCAAGCCUCAGACGGGAAGGAAAUGAAUGAAUGGAUUUCGCGUAUCAACUACUCCAGUGCGUUCAAGACCGCUGGCGUACGCAUGCGUCCAUUGGGGAUGUCUCGUAGAGACAUUGAACUUACAGGCAUCGCGGCAGCGGCAUCCCACCUGCGAGAGAUGCACCAUCGGGCUACUCCUCACGCCCCUCCUCGAGUGCGUACAUGGUAUGCAGGUGGCCUGAACAACGUGGAAUCACCAUCAAAUGAUCCCUCAAGUUCACUUGGCGGCGUUUCCACACUCCCUGCUUCGGCGCCUGCAAGACAGACAUCAGGUUCUUCGACCAUAUCUUCGUCCCAGUACGAGAGUUCUUCGAGGCUGUUCAAGGCAACAUUUGACGAGGUGAAGACUGAACUUGCUUCUGGCCGAUCAUCUCUUCAAGAACGCCGCGAGCGUGUACGUGGGCGUCAACGCACGUACAGUCUAGAAGAUGCCCCUCAGUCGUCCGUUAUGUCACCAUCGUCGCCCACAUCGCCAAAGUCCGAGCUCCAUCAGCAUUCACGUCGACCUUCUCGCUCAGACAUCAUUCGCAGCAAAAUCCACGACCUAGAAGAGCGGAUCUCACUCAUCCGAACCCAACUUGACACAGACAUGCGAUUUGUCCGCAACCUCGCCGUUCUGACACCCUUUCAGCGCUCUACUCGCGAUCGCGUACAGCUAGCCGUACAAGGGGCAGCGAAACGAAUCAUGCAGAUGCGGCUGGAGAUGGAGAAGCUCGUGUGCUACAGGGAUGUCUUGUCUGACGACUUGCUCGCGGAAGAGCGGGAUUGGGCACAGACGAAGCGAAUCGCAAUGCGCGCAGCGACGGACCAGUUGGCGUUGUCAAGGCAGCAUACCCAGACUCGACCAGAGCCACAGACGACGUGGAGGUUGGAUGGGUUGGAGGUACCUUUAAGCACGUCGCCGAAAAGCAUUCCGCGCACUACCAGCAUGUCAAUGAGCACUGUAGGGCAUGACUCGUCGCUCGGGGAUGAGUCGUUCCACUCUGCCGUGUCGAGCGUGGAGUGGCAUGACUUGAGCCCGGGCUCCGCUGCCUUCUUGGACUCCAGAGGCCUGGAUGAAGCACAUGCGUUCGAAUCUCCGAGGACAUCGCCGGUCAUCGAGUUGUCGAGUGCGCCCAAGGGAGAGUUUCCGUUUCCCGACGUGGCAGGACGAGGGCAAGCUAGACCGCUUGUGGCACAAGCGUCUACGGACAGUACAAGGUCCAGUGCGAAUCACGACGACGAAGGUGGACACGAAAAGUUCUUCACGGCGGCUGAGACGACGGAAGAGCAAGCGGAGGAGUGGGACAAGACGCGCGCGGCGAAACGAGUGUCGUUGGUCAGAUUACCGCCGGACCUACGGAUUGCGGUGCUAUUUGGGAAGCACGGACGCAGCGAAAGCAUCUCUGAAGGAACGGCGACAGCGCCGUCGUCGCCCGACCGCAGCGGAGGGUCGGAUCCAUAUAACCACUCGCGGGCCAUUACAGAGACGUUUGCGAUGUUGGACGUGUAG